CGUAGGGUACACAGCGCCUGCAGCCAGUGCAGCCGCCUGCAUCACAGGGUCCAUAGCCCAAUGGGAUGCAAGGACCGGGACAAACUCAGUGGGUACCAAAGACGGCCAUCGCCGCUCCUAAACCCUUCACAGGGGAUAAGAGGGGCGAAGACCUCGACACUUGGUUGAGGGCAGUGCCGAUCUAUGUCAAAUGUAAACUCACCUUGCCGCACGAGGAAGUGCUUGUGGCUGCAUCUUACUUAGAGGGUAGUGCAGCAAGAUGGUUGAGUCGUUUACUACAGCUACAGGGAUACGGUUAUGACUUUCGCGCUUGGGCGGUCACCCAACAAUUGGAUGACGUCCUCAAGUUGGUGGAAGAAAGGUGGCAUGAUCCUCAGGAGGCCCAAAAGGCCACUAAUGCGAUCCUGACACUGCACACAAGGCAGUUCAAGUCAGUGAGGGAGGCCACCGACGCUGUAGAGCAUCUGAUCUGUGUCCCUGGGGUGCACUAUGACCCCCAGGUUUUACUCACGUCCUACCUGAGAUGCUUUCCUAUGCCUCUCAGGAAUCAGUUGGCAGGUGAGGCCAACAUCAAUGUUCACAACUUCCCCUCGUUUAGCAAGAAGGCCCUAGACCUUGAGGCGAAGAUAAGGCAUGGGCAGGCACCCACUACGGAUGGUAGGAGAAAGAUGCUGCCUCCCAACUGGAAGGCGAAGGGUCACAUUAUGUUUGUCAAUAAUGAUGGUUCAACCAUCGAGUUAGACGACAACUUCCAGGAGGGAGUAGGUUCAGAGACUGGCAGCGUUGAAGCUUCAGGGGAUGGAGUUGUCGUUGCCGUAGCUCAGAAAGGCAAGGCGACCGGUAGACGUCGUGGAGGCUCCCGGUCAAGGAGUCAAGUUGACCCCAACGCUCCCCCAUGGGAGAAGGCGGGUCUCACAGAGGACGUGUGGAGAGAUCGGUACGGUCUGUACGAGUUUGUGGUGAUGCCUUUCGGCCUUUGCAAUGCUCCUAGCACCUUUCAGCACACUAUGAAUCAGAUAUUUCAUGACUGCUUGGAUAAAUUUGUCAUCGUGUACCUCGAUGAUAUACUUAUUUUUAGUAAGACUGUCGAGGAGGAGCACGUUGCGCACUUGGACAAAGUCCUUAAUCUUCUGCGACAGCACAAGUUCAAGAUUAACGGUGAGAAGUGCGAGUUUGGCCGCACCCGUGUCUUGUACUUGGGUCAUGAGAUUUCUGCGGAGGGAUUAAAGCCCGAUGACGCGAAGGUGGCCAACAUUCGUGACUGGCCGCGUCCUCAGUCUGUGACGGAGAUGAGGUCCUUCUUAGGGAUGACCGGCUACUUUCGCAACUUUGUGAAGAACUAUAGCAUAGUUGCCGCCCCUUUGACGGACCUGACUCGCCUUGACACCUCAUGGGAGUGGACAGACAUAUGCGAGGCUGCUUUCAGACAUCUGAAGCAUGCGUUGACGCAUCAUGAGGUUUUGAAACUUCCUGAUCCUGACAAGCCAUUUGUAGUAACUACGGAUGCUAGCCAAUAUGGCAUAGGCGCCUGGAUGAGAACCCAACCUGUGCUUUCCGACGCUCUGAAGCGUUGGAUUGAAGUCAUAGAGCAGUAUGACUUCGAGCCCCAGUACAUUAAGGGUGAGUACAAUAAGGUUGCUGAUGCGCUGUCGCGUAGACCCGAUUUCUCAGGGCCGCUGAUUACUGAGUUCGGUCUUAUGGAUGAUGUUACUCGCUCUUUGGUGGAAGCCUAUCGUGAGGACCAGUUUAUGUAUGAGAUCAUACGCAAACUUGAGGCGAAGGAUGUGAACACUUUUGUCGAGUUUGAGUUGGUCAACGACUUGCUGUUCCUUGAGAAGGCAGUGGAGCAAAUGCAGAAAGCUCAGGCGGCAAUGAUAGAAUCUGAGAACAAACAUCACCGCCCUUCUACAUUUCAGGUUGGGGACAGAGUCUGGGUUAAGUCCUCAAAACUGGGACAGGAGCACGGGAUUUCCCACAAGCUCAUGCCCCAGUACUUUGGGCCAUGGGAGGUCUUAGACAUUGUCGGGACAGAUCCGGAUGGGCCGUCUUAUGUACUCCGGAUCCUUGGUCAUCUCCGCACUUAUCCUGUCUUUCACGCCUCCAAACUUGCACCUUUCAGGGAAACAGAACAGUUCCCUUCUCGUCGCUCAAUGCUGCCCCCAACCAUGGACGGAGAGGUGGACAUCGAUGAUAUCGUGGACCACAGGGAGCUGCCAGUUCCAAGACCAACAGGCAGGGGACGUCCUCCGAAACCGAAGCUGCAGUACCGCGUUCGGUUCCGUCAUCAUACUGAUCCGAAGGAGGACGGCUGGUUUACCAUGGAGGAACUUAUGCAGACCGCUCCACAAGUUGUAGCCCACUAUGAGAGAUCUCUGCAGAAGGGAAAGCGCCCGAUGAUUGAAGACUGAGCUUCUCAAAGGACUGUUGAAGCUAUGGAGGAGGGAAUGCGAGGCCACAGCCUCUAUUAGCCCAUUUCAGGC